AUGGCCUCAAUAAGCGAUCUGGGGAGCGAAAUCCUCAAAAUUGGAGGAUUGGACAAGAAUUAUGAUAUCGAUUCGGUGGAUCGGAUGAAAUACGUGUACACGAAUUGGGUUCUCAUCGGCACAGCGGUGUUCAUUUUCGCGCAAAACUACGGGAAAGACUCGGUGAAUUGUUGGGCGAACAACGAGAUUAAGGGUGCAUGGGAACAAUAUAUUGAGACAUAUUGUCUAAUCGAGAAUACAUAUUUUGUGCCGAUGAAUGAAAGCAAUAUCCCGGUGAGGGAAAGGAGAGGUGAUCGUCGUAUGGUUUAUUAUCAAUGGGUACCAUUCAUUCUUGUCGGAAUGGGUCUUUUCCUUUACAUUCCGAGAUGGUUUUGGAGAAAUUCGCAGAAAAGAUUGAAAAUCGAUCUCCCGUCAAUUACGAUGAAUUUACGGAAAAUGGCGGCAAAGAUCGAGAAAAUCGAUGAUGGAUUACCAUUGAUUGUAAUGAAAUUUCAAGAGCAUUUCGGCAAUCGUCUAUCAAUGAGUUUACUGCUCGCAAAAUUUUUCUCGAUUUGUGUGAUUCUUGCCGAGUUGGUCAUCCUGAAUAUUGUUCUCGGUCCCGAAUACACUUUUUGGGGUUUCGGUGUUCUUCGGGAUCUCUUGCGCGGUCGAGAAUGGCACACGAGUGGUCAUUUUCCAAGGGUGACAUUUUGCGAUGUGCAAGUCCGCGAGAUGGGUAAUGUGGUGCACAAUUGGACACUGCAAUGUGUGUUGAAAGUGAACAUGUUCAACGAGAAAGUUUUCCUUUUCCUUUGGUGGUGGUUGAUCGUUCUUCUUUUCGUUUCAAUUAUCAAUCUUUUCUCGUGGAUUUAUCGAGCUGUUCUUCGACAUAAUAACACCGCUUUUGUGAAGCAAUUGUUGGACUUCAGCGGCUAUUCUGAAUCCCAUACAACAGUCGAUUAUUUUGUGGAUGAUGUGUUGAAAAGAGAUGGAUGUAUGGUGCUCAGAUUGAUUGCCGAUAAUGCUACUUCAUUUGAGGCAGUUGAAUACGUAAAACCAUUGUGGAUUAACUACGCGAAAUCUCAGGAAUUACAAAGAAGAAUGACACUUGAACAACAACAACCAGGACCACAUCAACACGAGGAA